ACGAAUAAAUGUCAUUCGGUGAGCAAGAGACGUGGGAGACGUGCAGUACAGACAAUAUUAAAGUCAGCGUUUCUUUUCUGUCAUUACAUGCUCACAAUAGUAACGAAGAAUCGAUUGAACACGACACAGAAGAAGUAAGAUCUAGUUGUAUACAAUGAGACUGAAGUUGAAGUUGUCUUGACGUGCCAUACUUGCUGAAUUCCAAGUCAUCUUACAGAAUGUUGCCUGCUUGCCAGCAUGGCACCUCUGAUCUCCAGCUAAAAGUGGACUUUUUCCGUAAGCUGGGCUACUCAACCCAAGAGGUACAGGCAGCCCUGCUUAAACUAGGGUUGGACACAGAUACAAAUGCUGUACUGGGGGAGCUGGUGCGUUCUGGAGUCAGAGAGCCACCCACAGUGUAUCAGGAGAGUGAUGAUGGAAGCUCUGGAUUUAGUCACCGUGGAGGAGGCGGAUCAAGCAGUAAAGGUCUCCACAGGGACUUUCAGCAUUCACCAGCAGUAGAUGAAAUUGACAACGACCUAAAGCCCAUUGUAAUUGAUGGAAGUAAUGUUGCUAUGAGUCAUGGAAACAAGGAAGUUUUUUCAUGUCGAGGAAUUGAGCUGGCAGUUAAUUACUUCCUUGAGAGGGGACACAGGAACAUAACAGUUUUUGUGCCCUUGUGGAGAAAGGAGCAGCCAAGACCAGAUGUCCCUAUUUCAGAUCAGCACAUCCUAGCAGAGCUAGAAAGGAAAAAGAUAGUUGUAUUUACACCCUCCCGACGGGUAGGAGGAAAGCGAGUGGUCUGCUAUGAUGAUCGCUUUAUUGUCAAACUUGCUUGCGAUCUGGAAGGUGUUAUUGUGUCCAAUGACACAUACCGUGAGCUUCAGAGUGAACGGCCUGAAUGGAAGCGCUGUGUUGAGGAGGGGCUACUUAUGUACUCAUUUGUCAAUGACAAGUUCAUGCCACCAGAUGACCCUCUUGGUCGCCAUGGUCCAAACUUGGAUAAUUUCCUCAGAAAGAAACCUCUACUACCGGACACCAAACGCCAACUUUGUCCUUAUGGAAAAAAAUGCACAUACGGAAUCAAAUGCAAAUUUUAUCAUCCUGAGAGAACCAGCCAGUCACAGCGUUCUCUUGCAGAUGAGCUAAGGGACAAUGCCCGUCUUUCCAGUUCAAUUUGUUCCUAUUCAGAGGAGAACCGAAAAUCAGGAGCUUCCCUCAGAGGGCCCCGUCACACUGAGUCUGGCUUUGGCUCAUACUUUCCCUCUUUAGGGCAAGAGCUGAAAUACAAGCUAACCCUGGAACCUGCUGUUUGUGUAGCAAGAAAACAACUCAGUGAAAGCAUGCAGCACUACUGGGAAGAUGGUCCUACAAAGUACCAGGCCUGCAACCCAGCUAGCCACAAUCCUCUGGACUGGCAUAGUCUGUACUCCUCAUACUUUACUACAUCUUUAUCUAGCACAGAUUCUGGCCUUGGCUCCUAUGAGAGCCAGUUUUCAGAGGCAUCUCAAGGACAUGAAGACUCAUACAGGAAUUGCAGUAGUUAUAAUAGUUUUUAUGAGCAGCCAGAUGUUCGUCUUGCUUCCACUUGCUCUUCUGAGUCAAUUGUCCAACCAAGCAUUCAUCAGUACCAUCCUCCCCAGCGCAUAACCGAUUCAUUUGAUUAUGAUACACCCCAGUUCUGUAGGCCCUCAAGGAACCAACCCCAUAGCCUUCCCAAUAACCUACAGCCUAAUGGACUCAAUUACAGCCAAACAAACACUUGUUCUGACACAAUGUGGCUUUCUCAAAACAAAGCUUACCCAAAACAAAGCUUUAGUUUACCCAACCCUCUGCAUGCUGUUGGAUCUCACAAACCUGCUGAUAUUGUGCAAAGCCAAGGAGCACUCUGUCCAAACACUGUCCCAUUUGAGACAGAACGAGAAGAGACAAGGAAGAAACUCCAUGCGAUUUUUAAUCCCCAUCAUGUGGAUAAGGUUAUGAGAAGAUUCCCAAAGCUAAAAGAUGCUGAACAGCUUGCAGGAAAGAUUCUUAAACUCAAGUCCAUAGGAGAGUUGUAUUAAUUGUUCUAUUUUGAUAACGAUAUACUUUAAGAAAAGCAGAGCAUAUUUUUUUCAUAUGAGACUCUGCUUAGUAAUAAAUGUUGAAUAACUCUGAAUCUUAGAAAAUGUAUUAUUGCUCUCUCUCUUAACAUUUUAGUUAUUUUGUUGGAUUGUUUUGGCUAUGGCCAGAAGUCUUAAGGUUAAUUAUACCUGAAUUUCACAUCACAUAGUAAAUGUGGUGACUAUGUAUGACAUGAAAGUCAAGUUAUUUCUACAAAAGUUGUUUAUAUUUGACUACAGAAUCUGUAUCAUGUUGUAUUGUUAAAUCUAUUGAUAAACAAAAGUGUGUUUUUUUUUUUUUUUUUUUU